AAAAAGAAAAGAAAAAGAAAAUGAAAAAACUUGUUAAUUCUGGUUCGGGCUUUUGGCCGUUCUUUGGUGAGGCUAUAAAUUGUGCGCGACUCAAAGUUCGGAAGGUCCGAAUGGUUGAAAAAGACGGUAAGAAGAUUUCUGAAGUCUUGUCUGCAGGAUCCGUCCGCCCUGCAAUCUAGGGUUCGUCCUACACGUUCCUCUUCAAAUUUUCGGACAUUUUCGCAACAGUCUCUUCUUUGCAGCCCGAUUUCUUCUGCGAUUUUCACUAAUUCACGGCUUAAUUGGAUCAUGACGAUUCCUGAUUCGGGCCUUCUGAUGGAGAACGGAGCAAGUUGCCUGCCUUACACUCCGGAGGAAGAGAAGCGAAUCGUGACUGAGUUGACAAAUGCAGCGGAGUCCAAUUUGAAGGAAGGGAACUUGUACUACGUUGUUUCAAACAGGUGGUUCACAAGUUGGCAGAAAUACAUUGAACAAGGCAGUGGUGAAUAUUCAAUUGGUGGCCAAUUCCCCAAUUCUCAGCAUAUGAAAAUUAUUCCAUCGAAAAUGGUAGAAAGACCUGGACCUAUCGAUAAUUCGGACCUUGUUUUGAAUGAAAAUAAUUGUGAGGGUGAUGAUUUAGAGCUUAUUAGGACACUGGAGGAAGGGCAUGAUUAUGUAUUAGUUCCUCAAGGAGUUUGGCAGAAGCUUUUUGACUGGUAUAAAGGAGGACCUGCAUUACCUAGAAAGUUAAUUUCUCAGGGUGAUCUUAACAAAAAAUUCAAUGUGGAGGUUUAUCCUCUGUGUUUGAAUAUAACUGAUUCCAGAGACAACAGCCAAUCUGUUGUAAAGUUGAGUAAAAAGGCUUCUGUAAAAGAGCUUUAUGAAAGGGUGUAUGCAGUUAAAGGAAUAAAGCAAGAGAAGCAGGUUCGUAUUUGGGACUAUUUUAAUAAGCAGAAGCAUACAAUAUUGACCAUUUCAGAACGAACUCUGGAGGAGUCAAACUUGCAGAUGGACCAAGAUAUUCUUUUGGAGGUGCAGCUUGGUGGAAGCUGGCCAUCUGGGUUUGGUAUGGAUUCUACUGGAAAUCAGUUAGCUUUGGUACCAAUAGAACCUUCAAGAUCAUCGAUGACAAUUGCAGGGGGGCCAGCGCUGUCUAAUGGCUAUUCAACAGGUCACAGUUCCAAUUUGUAUCAGGCUAGUGCUUUAAGCUCAACAUUUACAGAUAUGGAGGAAGGAUAUGAUGCUUUGAAUACCACUACAAAAGGAGAUAGGGGAGGCUUGUCCGGACUACAGAAUUUGGGAAAUACUUGCUUUAUGAACAGUGCUAUUCAAUGCUUAGUCCAUACACCACCUCUUGUUGAGUAUUUCUUGCAGGAUUAUACAGAGGAGAUCAACAAGCAGAAUCCCUUAGGGAUGCAUGGUGAGCUUGCUCUUGCAUUUGGUGAGUUGUUGAGGAAGUUAUGGUCCUCUGUCCGAACUGCAAUUGCACCACGUGUAUUUAAGGGAAAGCUUGCUCGGUUUGCUCCUCAGUUCAGCGGCUAUAAUCAGCAUGAUUCACAAGAACUCCUUGCAUUCUUGUUGGAUGGGUUGCAUGAAGAUUUGAAUCGUGUUAAACAAAAGCCAUAUAUUGAAACAAAGGACUCAGAUGGUCGCCCAGAUGAGGAAGUUGCAGGGGAGUGUUGGAAAAAUCACAAGGCACGGAAUGAUUCGUUAAUUGUGGAUGUUUGCCAGGGUCAAUAUAAAUCGACAUUGAUUUGCCCAGUUUGUGGCAAAAUUUCUAUUACUUUCGACCCCUUCAUGUAUUUGUCAUUGCCACUGCCUUCCACAGUCACUCGGAUGAUGACAAUAACUGUGUUUUAUGGCGAUGGGAGUGGUCUUCCUAUGCCUUAUACUAUAACAGUGCUGAAACAUGGCUGUUUUAAAGACCUCAGCCAGGCAUUGGGUUCUGCAUGCUGCUUGAAUAGUGAUGAAAGCCUUCUGCUUGCCGAGGUCUAUGAACAUCGGAUAUAUCGAUACUUGGAGAAUCCUUUGGAACCAUUGUCUUCAAUAAAGGAUGAUGAACAUAUUGUGGCUUAUCGACUUCCAAAGAAGCGAGCAGGAUUGACAAAAGUAGAGUUGAUUCAUAGAUGCUUAGAAAAAUGCACACCUGAUAGUUUGAAGGCUGGUGAGAGGAAGCUUUUGGGAACACCACUGGUUACUUACAUAGAUGACCUACGAACUGGAGCAGACAUUGAUGCUGCUGUUGACAGAAUGCUCUCUCCUUUAAGAAGGAAAACAAACUUUUCUUCUACAAAUGCCAAGGAGAACGGUAUUGUUUCUGAAGCUGUUGAUAAACCAUUGAACAACUGCAGUACUCGAUUUGGAACCGGGGAUGACUCAAUGGAUGGCAGAGACUCGGAAGAAAUGUCCACCAGGGAGUUGUCUUUUCAGCUUUCCAUUACUGAUGAAAGGGGUUUGAGCUGCAAGCCUAUUGAAAAGGACUCUAUAAUAAAACCCGGUCUAUCUGUAAAAGUUAUGUUGGAUUGGACUAACAGGGAACAUGAAUUAUAUGAUGCCAGCUACCUCAAGGAUCUCCCAGAGGUUUGCAAGAAUGGGUUCACUGUGAAGAAAACCAGGCAGGAAGCAAUUUCCUUAUUCUCUUGCUUGGAGGCAUUUCUAAAGGAGGAACCUCUAGGGCCAGAUGACAUGUGGUAUUGCCCUAGGUGCAAGGAGCAUAGGCAGGCCACCAAGAAGCUAGAUUUGUGGAGGUUGCCAGAUAUUCUUGUUUUCCACUUGAAACGAUUUUCAUACAGCAGAUACCUGAAGAACAAACUUGAUACCUUUGUGAAUUUCCCCAUCCAUAAUCUUGAUUUGAGCAAAUACGUGAAAAGCAAGGAUGCACCUUCGCAAUCUCACAUGUAUGAGCUAUAUGCCAUCAGCAACCAUUACGGUGGCCUAGGUGGAGGGCACUACUCUGCAUAUGCCAAGUUAAUAGAUGAGAACAGAUGGUACCAUUUUGACGACAGUCACGUUUCCCCGGUUAGUGAAGCUGAGAUCAGGACCUCGGCUGCUUACGUGCUAUUUUACCAAAGAGUUGGAUCAAAGGUGGAGCAGGGGCACCGUCACUCUGUUGUGUAGAUGCAUGAAGGCCCUGUUUGGGGUGUGGACAGUUGCAUUUUGCAGAUUUUGCAAAGAUCAUAACCAUAUUUUGCGGGAAAAAAGUUGAGAGAUUUUGAUCGUGGUAAGUAGCUGCGCUUGCAGAAACAUGGGUGCCAUUUGAACGAAGAAUGGGGACAUGUUGAUUCACAUAUAUGGAUGUAAAACCUGUGGCAGAGGAUGUGUUGGUCGGAGCAUUGUUGUGGAUUAACGUUGGUUUUCUGUUUAUUAGUUAUUUUUAUUGAUCAAAAGCAUGGCAGGAAGUAACAUUGAUUUACCUCACUAUUAUAAUUUAUGAAAAGAAAUUUUGGCAUCUCUGUGAGGUAACCAGCUUUUGUUUUGAGAUGCCUGAAUAAGCCUGUGUUUAAUCAUGUAGUGCAUAUAUUAAAAUAUGUACGCCACAGCUGAAUCUGAUUCUGCGCUGAACCUCGCUGUGGGGGUUUUCCAGGCGAUGGUUGACUUCACUUUAUGUUGAGAGUAUGGAUUUUGAAGGUAAAUUUUGAUAUAAUGUAAUAUAAAAUUAUAUUAAUUUAUUUUUUAAAUUCAUGUAUUCGAAUUUAAUCAUGAAUGAGUAUGAUUUUGAAUUACUACC